AUGCCCCAGGAUGAGGCAAAGCAACUUGGCCUUGAACCUGACCCAUGGAAUGGCACCAAGCUGAACUUUAAAGCUUACAAGGUCCGCUUUGUGAACAGCACAUGGGUGUUUGGGAAAGGCAUGUGCCACGUCAGCCGCUUUGCCCAGUACUGCUCCCUGCAUGUCUCAGCUCUGACACUGACGGCCAUCGCAGUGGACCGCCACCAGGUAAUUAUGCAUCCGUUAAAACCCCGGAUCUCAAUGACAAAGGGGGUCAUCUACAUCGCUGUCAUCUGGACUAUGGCUACCUUCUUUUCACUCCCACACGCUAUCUGCCAGAAGUUAUUUACCUUCAAGUACAGUGAGGACACCGUACGCUCCCUCUGCCUGCCAGACUUCCCUGAGCCAGCUGACCUCUUCUGGAAGUACCUGGACUUGGCCACCUUCAUCCUGCUUUACAUCCUGCCUCUCCUCAUCAUCUCUGUGGCCUACGCCCGGGUGGCCAAGAAGCUGUGGCUGUGCAACACAAUUGGCGACGUGACGACGGAGCAGUACCUCGCCCUGCGGCGCAAAAAGAAGAAGACCAUCAAGAUGCUGAUGCUGGUGGUGGUCCUCUUUGCCCUCUGCUGGUUCCCCCUCAACUGCUACGUCCUCCUCCUGUCCAGCAAAGUCAUCCGCACCAACAAUGCCCUCUACUUCGCCUUCCACUGGUUUGCCAUGAGCAGCACCUGCUACAACCCCUUCAUCUACUGCUGGCUGAACGAGAACUUCAGGGUCGAGCUGAAGGCGUUACUGAGCAUGUGCCAAAGGCCGCCCAAGGCUCAGGAGGACCGGCCGCCCUCCCCAGUUCCUUCCUUCAAGGUGGCUUGGACAGAGAAGAGCAAUGGCCGGAAGGCUCCACUUUUAGCCAAUAACCUCGUGCCCUCCUCCCAACCCCAGUCUGGGAAGACAGACCUAUCGUCUGUGGAACCCACUGUGGCAAUGAGUUAGAGGAGGCUGGGAGCUGUAGCGGGCUGAGUCUGUCUCCAGCUGAACCUGGGAAAGAGCCUGUCUUCACACACACGAUCUCCACAGUGCUGGAAGCCGUAGGAUUCUGGAGCUUCUAGGAAACUCUGCCCAGCCUCCUGGGCCCAUGUAAUGUGAAAAGUAAAAGGCAGCCACCAACUAGAGAUGACUUUGUAAUCUCCCAUCUAAGACAUGCUGUGAGGCACAGCACCCUGGGUCCCUGAGGAAGAGAACUGGGGAUAGCUUUGGAUCAGAUGAUGAGUGCUGAGCCAGGCUACGCCUCCCUCUGUUAGGCAGCUGCUGCCUUGUGCUCCUCCUGCCACUGAACAUUCCUAAAGGAAGCCUGAGUCAUGCUUUGGGUACUGCUGGCCCAGGUGCACAGAGCUCUGCUCCAAACAGGUUCAUUGGCCAGGGAAAGGUUAGCA